AUGUCAUCAUCAACCCAGGAUCAGCCUCGCCCCCGCAAGCGCCAUCGCAUUGCCGAGUCUUGCAAGCUCUGUCGGUCAAAAAAGACCCGGUGCGACGGCCGGCGCCCGACGUGUUCAUCUUGUCAGUCCAAGAACACGGCUUGCGAGUACAAUGAACCCAAUGUCGUGCUAUCCAGCGAUAUUCUGUCUAAGAUGGCAGAUCUUGAAGCGCGGGUACAAGCGCUGGAGAGUCUGCCAAGCAAUUUUACAGGUUCAUUCCACGUUGCUACAGGUACUCCCUCUCCGCUACCGCGUCCUAGUAAUGCCCAGUCGUCGAUCGUGGAUAAUCCAACACUGCGGUUUAUCUCAUCCGUCACUCAAACUGGACCUACGGGAGGCAGUGAUAUACAAACUCAGCCAGGCAAUCCAAAUGACCGUCCUACUUCAUUCGCCAGUAUUAACAUGAGUCAAGUCAUCCUACCCUCAAGAGAGGUUGCAGAUGACUUUAUUGAAUGUUAUGAAAGACUGGUGUAUCCUAUGUUUCCUGUGCUGCACAUGCCAAGCUUCAAGGCCAAAUACCUUCGUGUCUGGGAGUCACCAUCUAAUGACCAGGGUCUGGAUACUACCUUUGCAGCAAGCUUAAAUAUCGUUUUUGCUUUAGGCUGCCUCAACAGCUCAAAGACAGAACCAACUCUCAUAUUAUCAACAGCUGAAACCUUUUACGAACGCAGUCGUAGUAUCCUUCCACUUGAUUCACUCGAUCAACCAAGUAUCGAGGUCGUCCAGUACCUUCUCUUGACAGGGAAUUAUUUAAGCUUCACAAAAUACUCACACCGAUACUGCAACACGUUGGCGAUGGCGAUACAGGUCGCGCAGACGAUAGACUUGCAUCGGGCUGAUCAUGACACAACGAGUCAAUUGAAACGCGAGAUGGGGAGACGAGUUUGGCAUUUAUGCUUGACAAUGCAAAGGUAUUUGUUCUGUAUGCAGCGCACCAGCACCACUAAACGUCUCAGGUUGAUGUCUUCGCUGUUUGGGUGGAACACUGUACUGGUUCAUGAUAAUACAUGUCCCUUGCCCCAGAUGAUAGAUGACGAAUAUCUCCUUGAAGAAGGAGAGGGCUGUCAGCCGGCUGCAACGCCCUCAUUGUUGGAUGCUUUGGCAGUAUCCAUGAAGAUUUUUGAUGUUGUAGCUGGAGCUCGUGAAGUCAAUGCUGCGUCGUUCUCGACAGCACUACAGAUGCCGGAACUGAUGAAGAUACUCCAACUUAACGAACGUCUUACUGAGAUCGAAAACAACCUCCCCGAGCAUCUUAAGUAUAAGAACGGACAGCGAGCAAGUUCCGCAAGGGAAAAGGUUCUCCACCUCCAGGCUGAGGUAGUGAAUUUAAGGUGGUACACAAUAGUGGCACUCUAUCAAGGCAGUCAAACUUAUAAUUUCUAG